UGUUAAAAAAGAUAGAAGAAUGAAAGCAAUCAUUCAGGCUAUUCCGCAGAAGGCUCUUGUAGACGAUGUGGUCAAGAUUGUGGUCAACCACUUGAACCCCAAUCAGCAAGUCACCGUUGGAGCACACCUGCAGGAGGACAAAAUUAAAUUCGGUUCCUAUGCACAUUUUAAAGCAGAUGGGAAUGGUUUGGUGGAUCUCAGUCUGCAUCCCUCUAUUGGUGGAUCGUACACAGAUGUGAUGCCAAUGGGCCUAUUCUGCAGCUUGGUUCCAAUGCCUGGGCAGAAGAAGGGUCUCAGGUUGAUAAAGAAAGAUGUCACAACUCCGCUAACAUUCGACCUUAGAGUUUAUGAUGGGAUUCAUCAUAUAGAUGACAUUGACCAUACAACACCUAUACUGGCGUUUACUUCCAUUGAAAGGUCGUACCUGGCAAAGGGAGUCAGUGUGCAAGAGAUAAAUCAUGGAAAUAUACGAGGAAGGCUGUUUUUGCCAGAAGGUACUGGACCAUUUCCUGGUGUCAUAGACAUGUUUGGAUCUGUGGGAAACAUUGUGACAUUCAUCAGGAAGCCAGAAUGCACGUUGUUGUCAGAAAUUGUCGUUGCGUCUGGGCUGUUGACUGGUUCAGUAUCAUCCACUGUGAAAGGCCAUGAGUUCGCGUUCGCCUGA